GAUGCAGUCAGCCGCCGCGUCGAACCGGCGUGCCAGCAAUUUUUUUUUCUUUGUAAACGCUUUCCGCCUGUGUGGUGUGACUACGACGGUCAUGUGACGUGUGUGUGCGUGCCGUCGAGCAUUGAGGUCAACCCGCUGCAGGCUGGAGAAGAUGGAAGAAGAUCAGGAGCCGUGUCAGGAGUCGUCUGAGGCCGCAGACGUCCUCAAAGAACCUCAGAAAUGUCAAAUCAAGCGCUACAGCGAGAUCUUCAGAGACUUUGACAACCUAGAGUUGUCUUUUAUCCCCGACGACAAGGACGAGCCGCUGUCCGACACUUCGGAGUUCAGCUCGGAGUGCAACACUGGGGAGAGCACGGAACUCGCAGAGCAACAUCAACCGUCUGAAAGCUGUGUAACCGUUGAAGGUGAUGGAAGCUCAUCGGCUCACGAGGCCGACCUGGCGCUGUGCCGCUGCGAGGACGGCGUGGAGACGGCCCUGCAGUACACCAAGAUGUGGUGCCGCUACGCCAAAGACCUCCUGGCCUGGGUGGAGAAGAAGCUCAGCUUGGAACAAGAAUUUGCCAAAAAUGUCAUAAAGACAUCUGAAGCAGCAAAAGCCAGUUUGGCAGCACAGGAAACGAUGCCGCUGCAGUAUAUCUACACCAUGGCUCUCGAACAAGACCUGAAGAACAGUUCGAGUUCCAAAAAGACUUUGGACCUGGUGCAAAAGCGCUGUUACCAAGCCUUGGCUGCCAAGAGGAAUGAGAUUGAUAAGUGGCGGCGGGAAUUCAAAGAGCAGUGGGUGAAGGUGCAGAGGAAGAUGAACGAAGUGGUGACGGCGCUGAAAAAGUCUCGUCAGCAAUACUUCCAGCGCUGCGACGAGCUGGAGAAGGCCAAAGCGGUCACAGCUAAAACCGUGGACGACACGGGUGGCAACAAAACUCUGGACAAAAGGAGGAAGUCCAAGGAUGAAGCCCAAACAAAGGUGAUGGAGUCCGAGCUCUUGUACAAGCAAUGCGUGCACGAUGCCAAGAUCCACCAAGAUGAGCUAGUAAAGGUCAAAGAGAGAAUUAUCUCUCACACCCGCAAGCUCAUCUGUCAGGGAGACACGGUGCUCAAGCAGGUCACGGUCAACAUGUUCUACUACCAGCGGCAGCAGACCGAGCCGGUCCCUCUGGGGUAUCACAACCUGGAGCUAACGUGCCGCUCCUUGGAGCCCGGCGAGCCCUACCUGAUGUACGUCCGCGGCAGGCCCUGCCGGGAAACGCCGCUGCAGAUCUUCUCCUUCCAGGAGUACGUGCCUCAGGGAAAAAGGACCAAGCGGAAAACCAGCAACCCCCUCAGCGCCCUGCAGGACUCCUCUCCUCACACAGACGACAGUUCUUACAGACAACCCAGUGACUGCAGGAGAUUUAUCUUCAGUGACAGUGAAAGUGUCGGCGGCAGUUUCGAAUCUCUGUCCAGCCCUGCUCACUGUCCCAGGAGGCGUCACAGAACAACAUACAACUUGCUCGCAGACGACUUGGAUGACCGCGAUGUGGCGUCUGAAUCUGAGUGCCUCGACGGGCAGCAGGUCAAAGUUCGCACCCCAUCCCGGGCAGCGCUAACUCAUCGACUCAGGAAGCUGAAGAGCAAGAUGGUGAAAUGCAAGCAGUGCGACAACUACAUUUACGUCAACGGCGUGGAAUGUGAGGAGGUGCGUGCGCCUUCAGCAAGUCCGGAGGAAUCCAAAAUAGGCUGGUGGUGGUUUUUUAUUCCUUUGUGCCUCCCUCAGUGCGGGCUGGGUUUGCACAGGAAGUGUAUGGAGGUGUGUCAGAUGGAGUGCGACAACAACAAGGGGGCGGUGUUUGGCGUCCCCCUGUCCUUGUUGCUGCGGGACACGCCGGACGACGUCCCCUUUGUGGUGCGACGCUGCACCGCCGAGAUUGAGAGUCGUGCGCUCUCUUUGCAGGGGGUGUAUCGGGUGAGCGGCUCCAAGCCUCGCGUCCAGAAGCUGUGCCAGGCCCUGGAAGAGCUCAAAGAGCACGUGGACCUCUCGGAGGUGUCGCCGCACGACAUCACUUCUAUCCUGAAGCACUUCUUCAAAGAGCUUCCGGAGCCCCUGCUGACGUUCGAGCUGUACUACGAGUUCAUCGCGGCGGGGAGGAGCAUCCAGCACGUGGGCGAGUGGGAAUCGUCGCAGGAGACUAACGAGUUCAUGGACGUUGUUCGGAACCUGCAGCGGCUACUGCAGAAACUCCGUCCCUGUAAUUACAGCACUUUACGGCACCUCGUAGUCCAUCUGCAUAAGGUUUCUCGAAACAACGAGAACAAGAUGUCCGCCAGCAAUUUGGGCAUUGUCUUCGGUCCGACUCUCCUACGCCCCCUGGUGUGCACGGAGCAACCCACAGUGGCCCUGCAGGAAAACACCUACCAGGCGUUUCUGGUCGACUUCCUCAUCUCACACAACGACAAGAUCUUCGUCCUCCGGCAGAGAGCCGGGACGCCCAAGCCACCUCCGCCCCCCACAUGCCCGCUUCCAGACACCCCACCCAGACGCGCCUGUACCCUGGAUGGGGACUUUGACGCCAGACCUGAGCAAGGAACCUCCUCCAGGGAGCGCCCUUACUCGCUAGAAAGCGAAAGAAUGAAGAGAGAGUCGAGCGAGGGUUAUAUAUCGGACAAGUCUUCGUCCAAUGAAGCGGUGGACCAGCUCGGCCCCGAAGCCAAUGACAGAGCAGUCCUGGCUAUGAGCGGACCGCUGUCUCAUCACGACCCAAAGCGGGACUUUGCCUCGGACAAGCCGCACUACCGCUUCACCAGGCAGCCUGUCAAGUACCAGCGCCAUCACAACCCGAGAGGCCGAGCUUCCGGCCGGAGCUGCGACGCCAGACGGCCCGCGGCGCCUGGCGGGGAGCCUCCGGGAAGCGCCGACAGCAGUCGCAGCUCCUCCCCGGAGCGAGCCGCGCGCGGCCCGCCCCGGAGCCCCGAGGACGUUCCGCCUCUGAGCCCGCGGGACGUCGUGCAGUACAUGCUGGGACUGGAGCCGGUGGCCUCCGCCGCGGCUGAGCUCAAGGUGGACGGUUACGGUACCGGCGCGCAGAGUACGGCCUCGUACCGCUCUCCGAAGCCUCUUCCUGCAGAGCACCACUUCGCCUCGCCCGCGCAGAAGAUCCUCUCGGGUCUGAAGCUGAGACGCAGCCAAUCGGGCAAGGAGGAACAACUUUUUGUCUGAAUAACAAUGGCAGCGCAAGCACGUAAUAUGGAUUUAGUUACCAAUAUUGGCUCGCAUGUUAUUACAAACGCAUCAGAGUACUUUUUAUGUCAAUGUCUUGUCACUGGGGUGGUACUGCUUUUGUAGCCUUCACACUUCAGGAAACCAAACUUUUUAUUCACUUUUGCACCUGAAAAAGGAACAAGCACUCACUAUAAUGAGCCUUCUGUGGUAUAGUAGUCUAGUUUGUACCUAGGUACACACAUAACGAUAAUUUGAAUUAUUAUGCCUUAUGUAAACGUUAUGUAGCCUAGCAUGCUAGUGCUAGCACUGACGGUUGUACGUAAACAUCCCGCCGUUCUGUCGAAUCGUGUUCUAAAGUUUCGGUGUGGGUGAAGUCAUUUAAUUAAAAAUAAAGUAAUUGAAUUACA